CGUCUGCUUGAGCUGAACGUGGAAUGGAGCAGCGCUCGUUUCUGGGUGUCUGUGUGCAUGUUCACGCAGGUGUCCAGGUUAUGCCAGCCAUUGAUAACGAGAUCGUACGCAAACCGCUGACAAUGAGAAAUAAACAAAGGGAGAGGAGUCUUCGACAAGUAUUCGCGUUCUGGCUCUGCUGAUUGAAAAACACUGGUCACGAAUCAAUUUAAAGGAAAAAAGAUUGUGGCGUUUUUUGGAAGUUGCUCAUUAUGGCGCCACCGAACACCAAAGGGAAAUAAGCAGUGACUAGUGCUGCUCUAAAGUGCUUUGAAUGAAGUUGGUCUUGAUUAGCACAUUUUGGGGAUUCGUGAAGAACGACCAUGACUUUAGAACAGACAGCCUGUGAAGAUUUGAAGGCGUUCGAGCGCCGUCUGACCGAAAUCGUUCAGUUCCUUCAGCCUCCAACAACGCAAUGGAGAGCUUUGCUGGCCUUUGUUGUUUUGUGUGUUGUUUCUGGUGCAAAUAUGUGGCUAUUCGAUCCCGAAACGUCGCGGGUUUCGCUGUCAGCUUCGCUUCAUAGCCACUGGUUCUUUUCCUUAUCAGUAAUAACGUUAAUGGCGUUAUUUGCAUGCGGCGUUCACCGGCGCGUCGUGAUGCCGGCCAUUAUAAUCCAGCGAGCACGCAACGUUCUCGAGGAAUUUAAUAUGAACUGUGACGAUACAGGAAGACUCAUACUCAAGCCCCGUCCUCAACAGUGAGCUCCAGCAUUUCGUACACCUACAGUGCACCCAUGUGCUGCUUAACUUGUUCACAGCUGUUAAAAAAACUGUACAAUACCUAACCUGAUAAACACAUAAAAAGUAUUUUAAGAAAUGCAUAUUGAACUUUCCUUUUAAACGAACGAACGAUGUAAAUACAGGAAAAACCAACGACUCAGAAAAGUAUGGGCCCGCAUAUUACCCAAGUAUAUUGUAGCAUGUCCAGGAACAGUGAACGAGCGGCUGAUAAUCGGUGUGCUAUUUUCGUGAAAAAAGGAAAUAGAAAUUAAGGGAGGAACGAACCCACGAUUAUGGUGAAAGCCGCAAUUCCGUACAGUCCUUGGCAUGUUUAUUUGAUAACGUAGCUAUGCAGUUUGGAGCCUUCGGGAAAAGGCAACCAGAAGCAAAAUUUUAAUUUAACAAUUUUCAUAUCUCUACUCCACAUUAAGUAAAUAUUGGAGGCGAAAGAAUUUGUCAGAGAGAUCAGUAACAUUAAUAGAAAGACAGGAAAAAAUAAAAACGUAAACAUAUUCAGCGUUUCCUUUCUAUCUCUCCAUCUGUGAUAAAAUUGCAUUGAGCGGUCGGCUGAUAUUUGCCUGACUCCAAGGAGCGAACGAUUGAUUCUUGUUGUACUUGCACCCGUAACAGUAUAUAGCAUAUGGAUAUUACCGAUCAUAUAGCGGACAGGCAAGAGAAGAAUUCUGAAAAAGAAGUUUAAAGAAAAGGGCAUUAAGUUUCCUGAAGACAAGGAAGCAAUCUUUGAAAUUCUGCUAUAGGGAGCGCAAUAUUUGUUAAUAUAAUAUAUAUAAUAAUGUUAUGUAAUAUUUGUUAUGCUAAGCAUGAAGCUGAUGUUUGUGAUAUACAAGAGAAAAUACGGGUACUGGCCAUAUAUGAUUCAUUGUGAACCUAACAGUAAAUUAUUUAGUUACAACAUACUUAAACCGCUAAUUUAAGUGGUUCAAGCGAACACAGUUAAUUAAUAAGGCGUGGCAAUUACCUGAAGUGAUGAGGUAAGCUAUAGAACUAUUAGAUUUCCUCAACAGUAAUGUUGCACGAAUCAAGAGAUCUUUACUAUCGCUUGUAUGGUACAAAAAGCUAUUUUGACACUGUAAAUUGAAUUAACUUGAAAUUCUUUACCGCAGAACGUUUCGGGCAAUACCACACAGUAAUCAUAGCAACGCUCAAAUGGGAUGGAAAAGAAUGAAAUGAAAAAUAAAGUCCUUUUUGUUCAGCCAAAAAAUAUUAGGUAAUCCUGUAAUUUCAUAUUUCUUGGUUAUUAAAAAACUACGAGGACACUAAGAAGGUAAUUACUAGUUGUGUUUUUUAGAUUCUACAUGGAAAUGAAAUGAGGAAAAUAUACAACCGUGAAACGUGAGCCGGCCGGCCGUUGAAGUCUUUAAAAGUCGGUAUUGAUAGCUAUCAUUAUUGAGCAAAGACCCUUUAUAACGAUUUUUCAGUUUGACAGGCCUCAUAAACUGCUCUCAAUUAUACUCUUGAAAAAUUCCCUUCAACAAUUUUUGAAUUAUUUGGUAAUCCAUAAACGCCAAGUAAUGUCAACAACAAUCUUCUCAAUCAAACUGCUAGUCCGUUCUCGUCCGCCACACUAAUUAGCAUCAUAAUGCUUAGAUGAGGGAAAGCAUUAUGCUUGCAUGCUUUAUUUUGAGAGACAAAGGUAAUCAACUAUUGAGCGAUACUGGCUACAGAAGCUGAAGUUCGAGCUCCAACAACUCUGCAUUAUUAAAAAAUUACCCAUUAUUUAUAAUUUAAAUUGAGAUAAAUUAAGGUCACUAUCUAAUGAUAUAUGGAUGGAGUUUAGAAAUAAACUGCUGAACAUGCAUAAUUUAG